AUGCGAAAACCAUGCCAGUGGACGAUCCUUGGCUUACAAAAUUCGCANAAAUUAGCUAAAUCAGAUUCUUGGUCUAGUUGGAAUAAGGAUGAAGGAAGAGAUGGCCCUACUUCAAGUAUGUACAAGGAAGCUUCCAAGUCCAGCAAUUGGGAUUCAGAGGAUAAGAGAGCUGAAGAUAAAGUUGAAAGAAUAGAGACUUCUGCAUCAGAACCAUGGUCAGGUUGGGGUGCAGAAGAAGUUGGCUUCGCAAAAAUUCAGGAGGAUUCUACGAAGUCCAGCAACUGGAAGGAUGCUUCUGCAUCUUGGGGAAAGAAGAAUGUGGAUACCACCACUUCUUGGGGAAGAAAGGCUAUAGGUGACAAAUUUACUCGGGGAAAGACAAGUGAACCAUCACCUGGUUGGGAUACCACGUCUGCUUGGGAGGCAAAGGCUAAAGAUAAGUUUGAAAAUGUUGGGUCUUCUGUGGCAAAGUCAUCAUCAGUUUGGUGUGCAGAUGCCAAUGUUGGAAAUGAUAGUUCCUGGGGUGCUAAAGGUAGCAGUGACGAUGGCAAUGACACUUCUUGGGGGGAAGGUGCCAAAGGUGGCAGCGACAGUUCCUGGGGGCCAUCAUCUGUCAAAGGUGGCAAUGACAGGUCAUGGGGCCAAGGUGCCGAAGGUGGCAGUAACAGUUCAUGGGGUGGAGGUGCCAAAGGUGGCAAUGACAGUUCGUGGAGGCAAGGUAGCAAAGCUGGCAAUGACAGUUUGUCGGGGCAAGGUGCCAAAGGUGGCAAUGACAGUUCGUGGGGGCUAGGUGCCAAAGGUGGCAAUGACAGUUCGUGGGGGCAAGACGCCAAAGGUGGCAAUGACAGUUCAUGGGGGCAAGAUGCCAAAGGUGGCGAUGACAGUUCCUUGGGGCCAGAUGCCAGAGGUGACAAUGACAGUUCGUGGGGGCAAGGUUCCAAAGGUGGCAAUGACAGUUCCUUGGGGCCAGAUGGCAGAGGUGACAAUGACAGUUCAUGGGAUCAGCAGAAGUCAUCUGAAGUUUCACUAGGUUGGGGCUUGGCCAAUGACUCAAGUCAGCCAGCAAGUUCAUCUGGUUGGGAUCUGCCAAAUGCUAGAGAUGACAAGGAAAGUGAAAAGAAUCAGUGGGGGCAACCUAGGGGCAUCUGGAAAGGUAAGAAGAAUAAUCGCCCUCCCAGGUCUCCUGCACCCAGUGAUUCUACUGUCGCUGGGCAGUAUACUGUAACCAGACAACGGUUAGACAUGUUCACAUCUGAGGAGCAAGCUAUUCUCUCUGAUGUUGAGCCAAUUAUGCAGUCAAUCAGAAGAAUAAUGCAUCAAUCUGGGUACAAGGAUGGGGAUCAAUUGUCAGCUGAUGAUAAAAUGUUUAUUGUUGAUAAUGUCUUAAAUUACCAUCCAGAGAAAGCAAUCAAAAUGGGUGCUGGUAUUGAUCAUAUCACGGUUAACAAGCACAUCAGAUUUCAGGAUACUAGAUGCUUCUAUGUUGUGUCUAGUGAUGGCAGCAGCAAUGACUUCUCGUAUCGCAAGUGCCUGGACAAUUUCAUCAGAGGAAAGUAUCCCGACCUUGCUGAUGAUUUCCUCGGUAAAUAUUUCAGAAAACCUCACAAUGGAGGUAACAAUCGGGAGCGCAGUCUUCCUCCAGUUCUGGAGGAAAACAAGGAAUGA